AUGUCGGAUGAACACUACCAGCCUCAGGCUCAAGAUUUCCGCCGCAUGAAUCAAUUAUACGAGAAUAACCACCAGCUCCCAGGCCAUGCUAAUGCACAAUUUCCCUUUCUCGUACCUUCGCAGGACGAUAUUUCAUUGUAUUCAGGCUCCCACGCACUACUUCAACCACUCAAAAUCCCUGACGCUAUCGAAUGCAACCCCAUCAAUGGUCUACGAAAGGAAGACUACCCUCUCGUCAAUUUUUGGACACACGAAGACUUCACGAAAUGGGACAGCGCUGCUGAUGCACAAGGUGAUCAGCGGGGAUCAUCACCAUUCCUCGAGCAUACAAAUGGAGACCCUGUCACAGCAUCCGAGCAACGCACCAUCAUGAAGACUUUUCGCGCAGUCUGGUACUGGAAGAUCGAGCAUGUCGCUAGAGAUCGCUACCCAUCGUGGGCAUCUACUCAUCUCAAGGAAGGAUAUUCUUCGUCUACUGACCCCGAGGAGAUGAAACCACGUAUAAAGCCACAAAAGCGAAAGGCGAGGAUGGUCGAGUCUUCCGAUACCUGUUCAAAACACGAUUCGAAACGUGCGAAAACAGCUGACAUGGACUUGGAGGCUCACGACUCAGAGCCACCCGAGAUCUCUUCUUCAAACAUCGAGUCUCCCAAUCCACCUUCAUCAUCUAGAGCAACUCUUUUGCUGCCACUGUCGCCGAGCCCAAAGCCUCAGACAAACAACCCACCAAAAACCCUAUUUGCUCCAAUUCGAAACCCUUUAAAAGAUGCCAUUAUCCGCCUAAAGGAAAAGAAAAAUAACGAGCCUCGUGAUGCAUUGCCGACACCCCCAAUUGCUCUCGCCGAUACCGCGAUGACACCAACUGCAGCACCCGCUGACACCAAUUCUGCAAUAUCUUCCGCUGAUGCCCCUGCAACACCGACAGCAUCCGAUCCGACAACAUCGCUCACGCUACCAACACCAUCUGCAGACGACACAAACGCACCUCAUGCAGAUACUGUCGACCUUCCUAGUGUUUCUGCAGCAACACCGAUCGAGGCUCGUGGCACAUCUACACCCUCCGAGUCUGUGACCUUACAAGUCGUGAAUGCCGACUCGCAAGGAAAGCCUGGUCCUACCAGCAAGAACUUCCGCCCUGCAACUACGAAGAACGGGAGAACUCUUUGUGCACAUCGCUGGCUCAAACAAGUAGCACCCAAUGGCUACUCUCGAGAUUUCAAAUUAUACUGGGACUCGCUGGGCAAAGACCGUCAGGAGAAAUAUGAAACAGACGCAAAAAAACUGAUAUCUGAUGGCAUUUGGACCGGCAGCACUGUCGAAGUGAUCGAGAUAUACGCCAAUCCUCCUGUCUUCUUGGAGACUCUCUUCAGAUAUGCUAUGAACGCUUGGGACGUCCUGUGGUCAAUCGAAAAUCAGCUUGGACAGUUUAUUUAG